CCCACCAUCCAGGACCCCCUGCAACGCUCGCCUGACGUCAUGCGGUCACAAUUAACCAGUGGAAGACUAAGCACGAUGGAGCUGAUAAACCCUAAAGAUGUGUAUAAAAUAGGAGACGAGGUUUUUGUUCGGGUGAAAACUAGAAACCAGCUGAACAGACCGAAAAGACGAGGAGGAGACUACCUCAAAGCUCGGAUGUUCACCGACGUUGUAGCCGCAAGCACUCCAGGUGAAAUCACGGACCACAAGAACGGCACGUACACGGUACGGUUCCGGGCGGGCUGGAGUGGGAAGGCCGCCGUGCAGGUGCACGUCAUCCACCCGCGGGAGGCCAUCGACGUGCUGCGCAGGCUCAGGGAUGUGGAGAGGAAGAGGGUUAACGCCUGUAGCUUCGUACAGGAAGGUAGCACGGAGUGGACCCGCUGUUGGACAACCCCGUCCCGGGACCCCGGGGAAGAGGAGUGCGACUUCUCGCACGCCCCCAGCGGCACUGAUUGGUACUGCAAGAAGCCGGUCAGGGCGCCCUGCUCGGCGAUAGACAAGUGCAGUGGGGGAGGGCUGAGACCUUUGGAGGAGAUAGGGGUAACGGAGACGGACAAGAUGCUGUUCAAUGAAACGUUCAUAGAUCAGGCAGUCAUGGAGGGAACGAUUCUCUGGGUGCAGGUCACGGAGCAGGACGUCCCGUGUGUGAUUCGACACGGAAGCGGCAACUGCCUGUACGCGUCGGACCCGGAUGUGGACGGCAGCGACCCCUUGCGGCGCAGAGUGGUUCUGUGGCCCUGCACGGACAGCGUUCGGCAGGUGUUCGCACUGAGGCAUGACGGGAAGAUUGUCCACGUGUACAGCGGCCUCUGUGUCAGCGUGAUAGACGACAAUUCUACUGACCAUGGCCAGAUAGUCCUCAGGAACUGUGAGUCAGGAGGGUUGCGGUUCCGACGGACGGACAGCCGCGCCAUCCAGGACGUGACGACGCUCAGGUGUCUCCACCCUCACCCGGACGUACAGGUGCCUCUGGACGGCUCACCUGUACGUCUCGCUGAGGGAUAUUUGUCUGGCUCACCGAAGUGUGAACCAGGGCAUCCGCCCUCUGCCGGCUUCUACUUGCAUGACAACUGGUACACGUACGCCUGCCGCGCGAGACAGUUCCCGGACAGAGACUCUGUCAUUAAGUGUCUGACCAACAAAUCUGUGUACAUGUACGGGGACUCCACGGUUCGUCAGAGGUUUGACCAGCUGAACAGCUACCUGGGGCUAACCCGCCCGAUGCCACCGGACUCCACAGUUCGACAGUGGUUUGACCACCUAAACAGCUACCUGGGCCUGACCCGGCUGACGCUGCUGCCUGACAUGGAGAACUGCCACAUCGGCCCGUGCGGCUCUCACCACAACAGCACCAACACACACCUGCACAUGAUGUUCCACAACUUCCCCAUCUACGGGAACCCCUUCAAGUACCAUCGGAUGAUCUAUAUCGCGGACGAGCUGGACCGGCUGCAGGGCGGACCGGAUGUCGUAGUCGUCAUUACCAUCUGGUUUCACUUCCUCAUGGAGCCGGUUCACAUCUACCGGAAACGCAUCGUAGCAAUCCGCGAUGCCAUCUUGAGACUGCAUCAGGUAAUGAUUUUUGUCUAA